AACACACUUAGUUUCAAAAAGAUUGUGAAGAUGUGGAGUUAUCCUUUCGUUGCAACUGAGUUGCUGCUGUUAUUCGGUCUGAAUUUGGUCUUUUUGCUGGAAACCAACUAUUGCCUUUUAAAAAACUGUCCAGCGGAUAAAAAAUUGCCACAUAUUGGCUGCAAUAACAGUGGGAGCUGGUCGCCAAAAUGCGGAAAAGAACCAAAAAUCAUUGACGUACCCAAGCAUAUAAAAAAGUUCAUUCUAAACUAUCACAACACAAAUCGCGAUAUUGUGGCCGGGGGACAAAUGCACAGGCUACCCAUUGCAGCUCGUAUGCUCAAGUUGAAGUGGCACCCCGAUUUGGCUCUUUUGGCUACAAUCUUGGUAAAGCGAUGCGAUCUCCAACCCACAGACCACUGUACAUCCACGGAAGAGUUCUCGUCUCCAAGCUACCAUGCGGUAUAUAACAAGUUCAAGGCGAAGGAGGAUACAUUCAGGAUAGUUCGAUCUCAGCUGAAUGCGUGGUAUGAUCAGCAUAAGCACGUUUCUGCAUCCAGUCUAAUUGAUGGACUGUCAACUGAUAAGAAGGAGAUUGGACACUUCCUAAGGAUGAUCGUGGGCCCCAGCAACCGAUUGGGCUGUGCCAUAGCCAGUAUCGAAAAAGACGGAUGGACCCAUCAAUGGCUAGCCUGUCUAUACAGCUGUUCACCCCAAAAGAACUCGCUUCUUUAUGAGUAUUCCGGAAAACCGGCAGAAUACUGCACCACUGGGGUUAAUGGCAAAUUCCAAAAUCUAUGCAAUGACACUGAACCUGUGAAAGAUUGCAUGCACUCUAAACUAUUCAACGCAAUGACCGCCAACGAUACUACAUCACUGAUCAGGGGCAUGUUGAAUAGACAAACGCAACCCAGAACUGUAGGGUGGAUUAGGCUUAUUAAUUGGGUUGGGAAAACAUUGGGGGUUCCGAUGUUUACAAAGGGUUAAGAUUGUGAAUGAAUUCGACUUAUGUAUCAAUAAAUUUAUAACAUGAAAAUUAUGGCUAAAAUAAAAUAAAAGUCACAAUCU